GGCUAAGCAUCUAGACGACAGGUCAGUCCCCGACUCCCUUUCCUAUAGGUGUAGCUUCACGCUCCGAUGUUGACAUUUUGAAAACAGUUUUUUGUUUCUGAAAACAUGAGUUUCUCCAAUCUGUGUUCGUCACAGUAGAAGCCGCAAUGGAAGCUAAGGUUGGCAAGUUCUUUGAGUCCGUCGGCGCCUUCUUCAGCGGCGGCGAUCGGAUCCCCUGGUCUGAUGGGGACAUCAUUAGCGGUUGUGAAAGAGAAAUUGGGGAGGCUGAAGGUGUCUCAGAUGAGCAGAAGAGCGAGAGCAUCAUGAGAUUAUCAUGGGCACUUGUUCAUUCUAGACAACCAGAAGAUGUGCAGCGUGGAAUAAUGAUGCUUGAAGCUCAACUAGCCAAUACUAGCAGCCCAUUGCAAAAGAGAGAAAAGCUUUAUCUUCUAGCCGUUGGAUAUUACAGAAGUAGUGAAUAUUCAAGGAGCAGGCAGCUUGUGGAACAAUGCUUGGAGAUUGCACCUGAUUGGAGGCAGGCACUAACCCUUAAGAAGACAAUUGAAGAUCGAAUUGCUAAAGAUGGUGUUAUUGGAAUAGGUAUCGCUGCCACUGCUGUGGGACUCAUAGCUGGUGGGAUUGCAGCUGCACUGGCUCGUAAGAAAUGACGUUUGUGCUUUCCUCCAUAUGGGUUAAAAUGCAACACCAGCAUUUCCCACAGAAUUUCUCGCAUCAGUGUUUUUCAGCUUUUCUGUGAAUAUGCUCUUAAAUAAUUUAACGUAAAACGAAGUACCUUCAUGGAUUUUUCUCUAGAGAAUGUCAAUUUUGUUAUUUUUCUUGUGUAAUGGAUUUAUUAGUAUGAGAUUUCGAGUGUAUCAGAUGCGGUUGUGGGUGUUGGUGAUUGGCAAUCCAUGCUUCUGCUUUGUAAUACAGCGGGUUUCUGAGUAACCAAUUCCUGCAGUUUUGGUGCAGAAUACUAUAUGCAAUUUUGCAUUCUGAGA